CAUAUAAAUAUGGCGGCGUCGGGGGGUUUGCGGCGCAGAGCGGUUUGGUUGUUCGCUUCGGUAGCAUCGUUUCUUAGGUAGGCGACUGCGGCACUUCGCUUGGCUCCCACCGCGGCGCGGCGAUCGGAGAAACGGCUUGAGACUUCGGCUUUGGGUGAAAGAAAAUGGCCCGAACCAAGCAGACUGCUCGUAAGUCUACUGGUGGGAAAGCCCCCCGCAAACAGCUGGCCACCAAAGCUGCCAGGAAAAGCGCUCCCUCUACCGGCGGGGUGAAGAAGCCUCAUCGCUACAGGCCCGGGACCGUGGCGCUUAGAGAGAUCCGGCGUUACCAAAAGUCCACUGAGCUGCUCAUCCGAAAGCUGCCCUUCCAGAGGUUGGUGAGAGAGAUCGCCCAGGAUUUCAAAACCGACUUGAGGUUUCAGAGUGCGGCCAUUGGUGCGCUCCAGGAGGCCAGUGAGGCGUACCUGGUGGGUUUGUUUGAAGACACUAAUCUGUGUGCCAUCCACGCCAAGAGAGUUACCAUCAUGCCCAAAGACAUCCAAUUGGCUCGCCGGAUACGGGGAGAGAGAGCUUAAGUGAAGGCAGUUUUUAUGGCGUUUUGUAGUAAAUUCUGUAAAAUACUUUGGUUUAAUUUGUGACUUUUUUUGUAAGAAAUUGUUUAUAAUAUGUUGCAUUUGUACUUAAGUCAUUCCAUCUUUCACUCAGGAUGAAUGCGAAAAGUGACUGUUCACAGACCUCAGUGAUGUGAGCACUGUGGCUCAGGAGUGACAAGUUGCUAAUAUGCAGAAGGGAUGGGUGAUAUUUCUUGCUUCUCAUGAUGCAUGUUUCUGUAUGUUUAUGACUUGUUGGGUAGCUAUUAAGGUACUAGAAUUGAUAAAUAAAUGUGUACAGGGUCCUUUUGCAAUAAAACUGGUUAUGACUUGAUCCAAGUGUUUAACAAUUGGGGCUGUUAAGUCUGACCAUACAUCACUGUGAUAGAAUGUGGGCUUUUUCAAGGGUUGAAGAUACAAGUCUUAACCACAGUGUAACUUACAGUUUCCUAAAAAAAAAAAAAGAAAAAAGAAAAGAAAGUAAACCUGGCAGCUAUAGAAUACACUAUGUGCAUUUAUAAUAGCUAUUUUAUAUAUUGUAGUGUCAACAUUUUUAAAUUAAAUGUUUUACAUUCACAAGUGGUGGGGAGUCUUGUCAUUAAGGUGUGUGUAAUGUAGAGUCCAGUUGGUUUUCCUCUAACUAGACUGCACUUGUUUUCAUAGUAGUAAAAUGCUAUGCGUACUAUACCUUGCAUAAGUCCUCAUUCUACCACAUGUUAACUAACCCUCUAGCUGAUAAUGCAUACACUAAUGGGGGAAUUUUAUUUAUAAGGGCUCUAGAAUAAAUAAGUUAUUCACACCAGCAUCUGUUACUAAUCUAAACUAGUUAGUGCAGCUUUUCAUUGUGUUGUCUCAUAGCUAGGUUUGAGGGGUUUUGUUUAUUUUUAUCCCUUUCUAAGGAAUUCUACGUUCCUUGUGGAGUUUUAGUGUGAACGUGUUGGGGAGGAGCAUAGCUCCAGGUUAUUAGGCCUCUGCCACUUAAGUUGGCUUGGGGUCAGGGUUACAUCUGGUUACUGUCCUGGGGAAAUCCCUUUUAUAGAGAUGGCCUUCCAAGUGGUUUUUAAAUUUAUCCUAUUGAAGUUUUUAGGUCAAUUAUGUAUGUUGACUAAAUUUACAAAUAAACUUGUUUAUCCAA